AUGAAAUUUCCCAAUCUGUCGUCACCAACGCUUGCCCUUGAACAGUCCCGAAGAGUCACAUUCAACCCUGUCCCUGAAGUUUCACUCAUUGAGAAUACCAAACCGCGCAAGCUAUUCGAUAUGGCAGCCCAGUUGUACGAGACCUUCUCCGGAGAGCAGGUUACGGACGAUAUGCUGGUCAAAGCUGCGGAGCUUUUCAACGAAAAUUACGGGGUCUGGGGAAAGUGUUCAAACAAGGCUGGGAAACCGGUCAAGUUGAGUGUUCGACGACUGCGUCAGCAAUAUCUACCUCCGACCACCGACGAAGCUAGAAGUUUCUACAUUAGGGUGACUAUUAAUGGAAAUCUCGUCGGAAACGCGUUCGCCUGUCGCUGGAAAUGUAAGGGGAGCACGGUUUGCUGGAUUACCCAAUUGGUGGUAGAUAAGGAUCACCGUGACAAGGGACUUGCAAGUGGCUUGUUGAGAACACUCAGGGAGGAUUUCGAUGAUAUAUACGGUGUCAUGAGCUCUCAUCCUGCUGCUUGCCUAGCGGCCGCCAGAUCUUUCGCAAUGACUAUCGAAAAAAUCUCCCUUGAUUUCAUUCGCGAGAACGCCGAUUCUAUCAUGUCGACUUCUCCAAUCCCUUAUAUUCGGGAUGCCGAGCUAUGUGGAACUUUAUUCAAUUCAGAUGAUGCAAAUGGAAUUGUUUCAGGUGUUAACACUAACUUCUUUGUCGACCACAAAGAGCCAUUGGACGCAUUGGAAUUAGUUCAAAAACUCUGGCAAUGGCCAUUGGGGGACCUGCCCGACGGAUAUGAAUAUCUUCUUAUAAUGCCGGCCAAACAGCGUCGAUCACGUUCGAAAUCGGCCGAUGUUGGUCGCCAAUAA